UAGAGGGCGCUUAAGUUGUUCCUAAUAGUCAGGUGGUUUAUCUGUGUCUAUGGUAUUGGUAAGGUUACUUAGGUUAUCUUGCUGAAGAAAAAAAAAAAAAGAGGUGGAUGAUAACACAAUCUUGGGAAUUGACAUUUUGGUUUGCAGCAUUCUUUAAAGCCGAACAACAAGAAUGGAUGAGAAAUCUAUCAGUGAAGAUAAAGUUGGUGAUAGCUCAGACUUUUAUGUAAACAGAUCAAGCAGCUCAUCCAAUGAAGAUUCAGAUUCCGCAGAAAACGACGAAGACGAUGAAAGUAAUGAUGAAGCAAAGAAAGCAGAUUCAAAGAAAAAGAAAUCAAAAGGUAAACCUGAUACUGAUGAAUCUGAUGAAACGGAAUCUCCACUACACCCAUUAGAAGAAGAAAAAUACCACCAUGGUGUUCAUAAAUAUGUUUCCAAAUAUCGUUAUCUGGAUACAAGUAUUUCAGAUGAAGCCAAAAAACAGACAGAAAAGGAAGGAAUAAGUAAAACCAUAAAGGCUGCGACACAGCAGUUGAGUUCUCAUCAAGGAGGCAAUAAGAAAAGACCAGGACCAUCAACAGAACAAUUUAACUUCAAUAGACUUUCUCAUGCUAUUUCUCAACCAUCUUUAACCAAUCUUAGUGAUAACUCGUUAUCAGCAUUUGUUGUUUCAUCAGUAACAUCAGUUACCAAUGCAGUAAAUGAAUCAAACAUUAAACCAGUAAUGAAACAUUUCAUCACCUGUGAAGAAUUACAACAGCGCCGACGCAAAAGCAGUCGGUCUAAGUCUGUCGAGAGAGACUUGAAACAAAAUAUUACAACAUUUUUGUCCCAAAGUGUUGGACUGGCAGACUUUGAGAAGCAAGUGUCUAUUCAUGAGGUGACACAAGAAGAGGUGAGAGAAGCCAUUGGUCACCGAUUGGCACACAAAACAUCUGGUGGGCAUGCUCCUGAGUGUCCACCUGAAAGAUUGAACUUUUUCAAGACCCUAUCCUUGCUGAUUCGAAUGGGAAAUCCUGAAAAAGCCAGAGGCAAUGGAAAAUCCUAUGCUCGUUUGGACAGUCAGGAGAAACUGCUUUACCAAAAAGAAUCCAAAGAUCUAUUAUGGUUGCAUCUACAGGCAUGGUAUAGUGGUGUUACACUGGUUGAGCAAGAUAAUAUUUUAUCCAGAAAACGUCACGUAGUGCAUGAGAUCCUAGAAGAACUUCUGAACUUUUGCAUCGAAGACAAAAACCCCAGUCAGUUAACAUUGGAAGAAAUAACUGUGAUCAAACAUGAGAGUAUUGAAGACUCUGAUAAAAAAGACAGUGUGCCCACUUUAAAGGAAUUAGUUGAUUGUAGUCAAAAGGAAUUUGGCUCUCUUGUGGGAGAUAAUAGAACUAUUACAGAAUCAAGUGAAAUGGAAAAGGUUUCUGCUGCCCCUACAGAAAAAGAAUUAGAAAAAUCAUGUUUAGAAUGUAUUCUUUCAUCAACAAAUGAUGCAAGAAUGACCAGUAAAGAUUCUUUUGAAAACUUUUAUGAGUUUGAGGAAAAAAAUGGUGACAAUUGUAAGCCAGCACAUGAAAGUAUACCUCAGAGAAGGCCUCACAUAUCUCCAUUUAACUUUUCAAGGCAGGUGUCUUUUGAGGACUCUUUCUGUUUAAAUAGUAUGAGUGAUGAUCAGUGUGAAUGUAGUGAUACACUAAGCGAGUUGUGUCAGUUCUGCAUUAUUAAAGAAACGGAAGCAUUCCAGAAGGUUGAGAAGAUGUUAGAAAAAUUAGAUGAAGUAGAACAGUUGUAUCCUUGCACAAAAGUACUAGGUGAGGAAGUUCCACUUUACAACAGUAUAGAGGUUGUUACAAGAAUCAAAACCUUAAAUCAGUGGUACAAUAUCAUGAGAGACCUUCGACAGAAGAUAAAUUUACUUGCAAAGAUGUUUGGAAUUAAGAAUAAAAUGAAAGUAGGCUGGCCUUGUUAUGAUCCACAAGAAUUUGAGAGCUGUUUAAAUGAUGAUAAAGAGAAAGAUAAGGAUAUUUCAUUAUGCUCCUCUGUUGUUGGAAAGACCAGAAUUGGAGCUUUUUCUCCCAAGAUUGUUCAGUUUAAAGGGGUAAACUCGGGUGACAACAGUCCAAAUACAAGCAGUUCAGACAAAAGUGUCAGUGAGCUAUCUCGUACAUGUAGCUCAGUGCCAGUUUCCCCUGAAGUGUUCUCUGGAAAUCCUCUAAGCACUCCAGAAAGCAGCUUUUCCAGUUUUAAUAAGCAGUGUAUAGAUCUCUUUCCAUCUGAUAAAUACAAUUCUACAUCAAGUGGAAGUUUAAAAUAUAGAAAGUUUGUAGACAAGUCUCUUCGGCAUAAAGGAUUGAGAAACAUUUAUUCCCAGCUCUCAAGCACUAUUCGUCCACUUCUGCACCGUGUUCAUGCAACUCUGAAGAGACCCUCACCUUCUACAUAUCCUGUUCUAACAGAGCCUCCAACGCCUCUGUCCCGAGGUUCAGAUAGCCUUCUGAGAUGGAGUAGAGAGUAUCUUGAAGAACUAGCCAAGUAUGGAGUUUGGUCUGAAACAUAUCAGCAAAUGUGCUUACCCACAUUUCAUCGUCCCUUCCUGUUUCUUCUUCGAGUUUUACUAGAUGUAGUACAUGAGUGUCUGAAGCUGAGGCUAGAACAGCAACCUGGUCAACCUUCGUCCCUCAGUAUUGGACAGCUUAUAAAAGAAUGCAAGGAAGUGCUUCGUGCUGGAGUUCACAUGAGACAGAGAUACACUACACUAGCACAGACAGUGCUAGGUGAAGGCUGUACUGAUGUGAUUGAAGCUCAGUUAGAUGCAUUUGAUGAUGACUUGAAGAAAAUGCUUGAGAUUUAUCUGCAGUAUCUUGGACAACGAACUCAGUUGAUGCAAAUGGGGCGUCAAGUAAGCCUUAGACAAAAGAACUACUUGGAAGAAGAAUGGUCUUUUGUUCGUGUGAUAUGUCCCAAUAUACCUGGAGGUGAAGCAUUAGUUGCUAACAAGUUCUGUUUUAUGGCUAGUGAUCUACUGAACUCCAUUGGAGACCACCUGGAAUGUGAAAUUGAUGAAUGUUUUACUUUCUUUCAUGAGAAUGUCAUUGUUCAACAGGAAAAUGUGUCUCAAUACAAAAAGGGAAUUUUACAAACAUGCCGAAUGUUUAAGAAAACAUUUGAAGAGUCGUCUCAUCAAGCUCGACAAGCUGUGGCCUUUGCAAAAGCCUUACGAAAGGACCUUGAAGUUGCUGCAGAAUUUAAAGCUUUAGUUUCUUCUGAAGAAUUGCUAAGGAGAUUACAAGAAACGGGACACAUGCGUGUAAUAGCUCCACAUAGUUCUAGCCAUGUGAUGUUUGUACCUGGGUAUUUAAAAGGCAAUGAACACUAUAUAUGGCAAUUAGUGGACAUGACUUGUGGGCAUGGUGAGUGCAGUGGUCAUUUUGACCAGGAUGGUUACCUCCUUAUGAUGCAGUAUGAUCCUGCAGCAAUUGAAGACCUCCCAUGGAUGGGACCAACAGUUGUUCUUGAGCCAACUGCCCAGGCAACCAUAAGUCUUUCUCAUGUGGAGGUUGACGGGCUUUUGCUGGUGUCCAAUAAUUUUUCCCAGUUAACAAGUCAGUGUCGAAAGUUUCAGAAAAACAUGGGUAACAGUAUUCAGAUUGAUAAACAACAAACUUCUUGCAACCAUGCCAUAGCUGAAGCUCUUAAUGAUCUGAAGGUUGAAGCCUUGAAUCUUCGUGAGAAAAUUGUUAACACCUUGCAGCUAGUAGAGGAAAGGUUAGAUGUUGCUAAACGAUCUGACCUUGAAGAUCAUGAUCGAAGUUCCCUCCAAGCUCAGUGUAGAGAGGUGCUCCACCAAGGGUACAAGUUUGGCUUUGAGUACCAACGUGCAGUGACAAGGUUAAUCACUGGAGAUGCUAAAACCAAGCUGGGAAAAGGACUUAUUAGUUUUGCUCUUCAGUGGAUGAAGUUUGUUUCUAAGCGCUGUGAGAGAGGACGAGGCCAAAGACCUAGUGAUCUAGAUGCAAUGAGCAUGCCGAGUGCUUCCACCAAGGGUCUCAAACACAAUAUGCACGAUUGUAUUAAGCAUCUGGUUGGAUCUGUUGACAACACACAAGCAAGUAGUUAUCGUUCACCAAACUCCAGCCUCACACCACCAUACAUUCCUUAUUCUACAAAUUUUUGGAACCAGUUCUCUCUUUCAUCAGCAUUACCUAUGAAAGACUCCAGUGCUACUCUGCAAACAGCAGAAGAAGGAUUUCUUCCCAUCAGAGGAAAAAGGCCUAAAGAAGAAAAUGGAUUUUCCACUGAAGGAUCAGUUAAUGAAGAUUCUGUUUCUCAUACAGAAGAUAGAAAAAACAGUAGAACCAGAGAACCUCCUAUUUGGCAUGUACAAGUAGCUGUGGCUGAAUUAGAAAAAAGAAAACAAGAACAGCUUGAAGCAGGAAAUGUUAUUGGUCAUGUUAGAGACAUUCAUGUUCACAAAGCCCCUGUUCGGAUAGGUGCUAGGAGGGUUACAUUUCCUUGGCAACGUGGUUUCAAAAUAGGGGAAGGAAGAUUUGGCAAGGUGUACACAGCUGUCAAUAACCUAACUGGAGAAUUGAUAGCCAUGAAAGAG